AUGACAACUACAACUUUUCUAGUACUCUUCUUGCUUGGUGAGGUCAAGUACCUCGAGCAAAUUAUUGAAGGAUCGAAGGUAUUCGGAAGAGUCAUGGAUAGAUUGCAUCAAGAAGAUUCCAAAGAGAUCUUGACCGAGAUGGACAUCCCUAAAACCAAAUAUUCAAAGAUAUUGGACGAGAUUGCAUCCAAGGCACAUGGCAUGAAUACAUAUAGUGGUUCCUUCAUGUCGAUCAGAAUGGAGAAAGUUAUAUUUCGACUUGUUCAGAAUACUGUGAGUAAUGAAGAAGAUGUUGCAAGAGCUGAUGGGAAAUCAAUGGAUGAGUGA